GCGGCGCUGGAACUCUGAAGUUGCUCCGGACCUUGGCCCCGACAGUCGGAACUCUAGGCGCGAUCCUGCCCGCCGUCCUCUGUCCUCGGUCCUCCGUCCGCGGCCCCCCUCUCCUCCGCGCCGGCAUGACGGGCUCGCUGUUCAAGGGAAACUUCUGGAGCACGGACAUUCUCAGCACUGUUGGCUAUGACAGCAUCAUCCAGCACCUGAACAAUGGCCGCAAGAACUGCAAGGAGUUCGAAGACUUUUUAAAAGAAAGGGCAGCAAUUGAAGAGAAGUAUGGCAAAGAUCUGCUGAGUCUCUCCAGGAAGAAGCCAUGUGGACAGUCUGAGAUCAAUACCUUGAAGAGAGCCCUUGAUGUCUUCAAGCAGCAAGUAGACAACGUGGCCCAGUGUCACAUUCAGCUUGCACAGACUCUCCGAGACGAGGCCAGGAAGAUGGAAGAAUUCAGGGAAAAGCAAAAGCUACAGCGGAAAAAGACAGAAACUAUAAUGGAUGCUGCCCACAAGCAAAGGAACUCGCAAUUCAAGAAAACCAUGGACGCCAAGAAGAACUAUGAGCAGAAGUGCCGGGACAAGGAUGAGGCGGAGCAGGCUGUCCACCGCAGUGCCAAUGCGGCUAACCCAAGGCAACAGGAAAAGCUUUUUGUGAAACUGGCAACUUCAAAGACCGCAGUAGAGGAUUCAGACAAAGCGUACAUGCUGCACAUCAGCAUGCUGGAGAAGGUCCGAGAAGACUGGCAGAGUGAGCACAUCAAGGCCUGCGAGGUGUUUGAGGCUCAAGAAUGUGAACGAAUCAACUUCUUCCGGAAUGCAUUGUGGUUACACGUGAACCAGCUGUCACAGCAAUGUGUCACAAAUGAUGAAAUGUAUGAGCAAGUCCGCAAGAGUUUAGAAAUGUGCAGCAUUGAGAAGGACAUCCAGUAUUUUGUGAACCAGCGUAAAACUGGACAGACUCCACCAGCACCCAUCAUGUAUGAGAAUUUCUACUCUCCUCAGCGGAAUGCAGCCCCACCAGGAAAGACUACAGGGCCCAACCUAGCAAGGAGAGGACCUCUCCCAGUUCCUAAACAUAUACCAGAUGACCCUGAUUACUCUUUGGUUGAAGACUACAGUUUGCUCUAUCAGUAACAGGAGGGGUGAAAAGAAAGCUUUCCCCAGUCACUGCUUCUAUGACAUGAGGAGAGGCCUGAGAGCAGCACAAUCCAGAACCAAAUCAUGUCAAUCAUGAAGAUGGCGAUGUGAACCCUUGUUGAAAUUUUUGUUUUGAUAUUUUAAAUUUAUAAUAGACAUCUGACUCAACCUAGCCAAGUAGAAUUCUGCAGAGUUUUGUUCUGUUUCUGUUUUUCUCAGAAGGUUUACGUACUGCCCCAGAAGAAAGAAUUAUUAUUUCCUGGCUAGUUCCUAAGGUUAUGCGUGCUGUUUCCUGUCGGGGUAGCAAGGCCACUCUGGAUUCUGAGUGUUGGCUUGAGCAGGCCUGCAGAGGACUGUGCCAGCUUUCAGGAUGCUCCUUGGGCUGUGGGAAGUAAGACCAUGGAAACAGCGCCACUCCCUGUCAGUGGUACAAUGUUUAAAAUUAUCCCUGUUCUUGGCUGGAAGACUUAGAAGCAUCCAAUGGACUUGCUCAUUUUACAGACGGAGAAACAAGACCCCGCAGUGUGAGGUCGAUUUCUUUACAAUUCUGGCAGCCAGUGAGAGGCAGAACCAGACCUGGAGCAUCAGUUCGUUGUACAGUACUGUUCUUCUGGUCCUCUGUGAGGCUGCUGUGCUCAUGCUCAGGCUAAAGAAGGACAGGCUGGAUUAGGGAGUAAGGGUACCUGUGCAUACCUAACGGCCUGAGCUCCAUCGCUGGGACACACAGAAGGGUGUAAGGGGGCAACCACUCCAGAGCAGGCCUCUGGCCUCCACACAUGUGCUGGAGCAUGCACACAGCUGUGACUGACAUUCGUGCGUGCACAUACACACACACACACACACACACACACACACACACACACACAUUUAUGAAGGGUAUUUGGCCAAUAUUUUUUCGGCUAGUAAAAUUACUGGGAUUAAAGUGUCAGAAUUAUUUUGAUAAAAAUUGUUGUGUAUUGAAUGAACAACAGUGCAGAGAGUAUUUAAUCUGUGAGGCUAUGGAUUGUAAGAUACACUUUUAUUGUAUGUAUCUAGGAAGGUAUGGUAGGGAGUUGCCAAUUAAGCUGUUGUAGUCUGUAGAUUGCCAACCUCACUUGAUUUUGGGACAGUAAAGUUGAAAAAAAUUCAAAGAAAUAUGUUAUUUUAACUAUUCUUCAAGGAAAUUCAGAAUUUCAAAGCCCUCUUCAAUCUCGGGUUUUUAUAGAAAAUCCCUUGCUGUGCUCUGGGAAAUUUAAACAGGCAUCCUUACUCUUUUACAACUAUUUGUUGCUCCCUUUGCCACCCCCACAUUGCAGGGAGAUCAUGCACUGUUUACACCUCAGAAGGUGGGCACUUCAGUUAUGACGAGUUACAUGGCACCGUUCCUUAUUUGGCAUGUAGUAAGUAUCUGUGUCACCUCGAAGGGCAAGCAGAUCCCUCUCCUCUGUGCGGUAGCUUUCCCAGGACUUUGGACAAAUUGGCUAUAAUAAGACUGAAAGCCGGGCAUGGUGGAGAUCGCCUAUAGUCCCAGCAUGCUGGAGGCUGACACAGGAAAAUCGUGAGUUUGAGGUUGGCCUAGGUACAUAGCGAGAACCCAUCUUAACCCUUUGCCCACAAAAAGAUUGAUUAUAUCCCCUCUCAAUAGAAGAUGCCCCCAGCCAUGGCAGCUUCUUGGCAUCGCAGGAAAUUUGCACCAGUUUGGCAUCUUUUGAGAAACUCAGGUUUGCAAAAGCACAUUGACUUCCCCAAACUAGACAGCCUCAGGAAAUUGCCCGUUGCACACAGAACAUUCUGUUUUUAAGUAUAUUAUUUAUUGUUGGUCUUCAGUAAUUUGUAUUUUCUAUCAAUCAGCACAAUUGAUGUAAACAUGUUUUAUGAGUGUAAAACAAUAUUAAUUUUAUUGCUUUGUUUCUGCUUGACAUGAAAUAAAAUAAAAGUUCCUGAUGAUUUGGGAUUUAA